AUGGUCCUCGCUCGACGGAAGCUUAGCGCCGUGACCGCUACCCGGAGCGCUGCUGGUCCCGUCGCUGCUACCAGUCAAGAAUAUGCGGAAGAAGCUUCGGUGCGCGUGGGCAGAGAUGGCUAUGGCGAUAUCGAUGUCGAGUCCACAGCUGCGCAGCUGGAAAUCGAGAAAUGCCCAAUAUGUAUCGGUCCCAUGAUGCCUAAGCCCGCAGUGCUCAAGGACAGCAAGACCCAUCGCACCCUUCAUGAUGGCAACACCCGUGAAGCACUUGCUGAGCUGUCUACCGUGGCAUCUGAGCGUUGCCGUCGAAUUCGAAACAUGGGACGCAGCAUCUGGGAAAAGUUGAAGAAGAGCCAGCAGAGAGACGAAGUGCAGCAUGGAAACCGGCCCUACCAUGAAUACGAGGUCAUACUCACGCUCAACAAGUGUGGUCACACCUUUCACUCGCAAUGCCUAGCCAUGUGGUACCUCAUGGGGAGAUACGACUGUCCUGUUUGCAGGCAGAGGUAUUAUACGCCUAGGAAGCGGCGACAGAUUGACCUCCCAGCAUUCACCUUGGCAUCUUUGACUUGA